AUGCAAUUUGUCUUUCACCACACCAUCGCACUGCUAUGGGGGAAGACGGGCAUCCAUGUCGAGACGCUGCUGCGGCUGCUGGAGCGCAACCUUCGACGGUUGCGGCCAUUCCUGACUCACUACGCGUACCUGCGGCAACUUCCGACCACCACCGCGCCCAUCGCCUCUACCGUCAUCAAGACAGUGCACACAAAGUCGCCUGCAGGGUCUUUGUGUGGGUCUUGCCCGUCGUCGCCCUCUGCAGGCACCACAUCAGAGCGGGAAAGGCACAUGGAGAAGAAGAGUGAGGAAGAGGAGGAGGAGGAAGAAGCACCGUUGGGGUUGGAGCGGCAACUCCAGGAGGCUGCUACGGUGUUCACGAAACUCUCCCUCAUGGAUGCAUUGAAGCAGCUGAACGGAAUGAGCGUUGAGGUGGUGCCGACGCGGCUGCUGCUGCACGCUGUGGUGAAUGCCUUUUCUGAUGUGCUGCUCAUAGGAGGAGGCGGAGGACAGUCUGGCGUGGCCUCCUCUGUGCGUUGA